UCUCACUCCUCUCUCUCUCUCUCUAAUAAGCUCUGCAGAUUUUUUUUUCUACUCCAAAGAGGAGAGAAGAUCAAAGAAGAGGAGGAGGAAGAAGAAACCGUAAAACCCUAACGACAUCGUUUUCUGUUAUGGACUACGAGAAGCCUCCGACUGCGACCACUACUUUCUCCCGAAAGAUAACUAACCGUAGCCACAGCCAAAGCUUUAGCUUCAGCGCCAAUGCCGUAUACGACGGCGUUUUCGCUUCCCCCGCGAACGCGAAGUCUCCUCUCGUCGAUUACGGGGAGAUAUUCCGUGGCUCGAGUCCUUCUCCGUCUUCGAUUCCGUUUCUCGAUGUCCCUGAGCUUAACGUUGGUAAGGUUAAAGUCGAUGUGAGGAGCUCUAAGCUUGAUUACUCUUCGGUCUUUGGAGGUUUUGGUGGUUUUGGUGGUUGUGAGUUCGCUGUUACUCCUGAUGAAGUGAUUGUGAAGGCUGAGAGGAAGGAAAGAAGGAAUCGUAGGAAAGGUGGAAGCUCUUCUUCUGAUGUUCAUCUUUGUAAUGAGGUUAAGAAUCUGACUUCGUCGCCUGAGAUGGUUAGGAUGAAGCAUUCUGAUAUAUUGUUACAACAGACCGGUAUAAGGGAUGAGAAUGGGACUAGGAAUUUUACUCAGGUCCGUUCUGUGCCUAGUCCUAGUCCUGUUCAACUGGUUGGUGACGUUAGUCAGUUGCAGAAGGUUGGCAAGGGCAGUGAGAAUGGGACUACGAAUUUUACUCAGGUCCGGACUGUGCCUAGUUCUAGUCCGACUCAACUUGUUGGUGACGUUAGUUCGUUGCAGAAGAUUGGCCAGGGAAGUGAGAAGGGGAUUAGUCGUUCUGGUCAGGUUCCUGUUAUGGUUGUUCCUACUCAAGUGGUUGAUAACACGAGUCCGUUGCAGAAAGUUGAAAGUAAAACACCUAUUCCGUCAGUUGAGAAGACGAGUCCGUUGCAGAAAGUUGAAAGUAAAACACCUAUUCCGUCAGUUGAGAAGACGAGUCUGUUGCAGAAGGUUGAGAGUAAAACACCUAUUCCGUCAGUUGAGAAGACGAGUCUGUUGCAGAAGCUUGAAAGUAAAACAGCUAUUCCAUCAGUUGAGAAGAAGCUGUGUAAUGAGGGUGUUGUUGAGGAAGUCCAGGGUUCUAGAAAGCGGAGAUCUAAAACUGAGGUUGAUUUCGAGAAGAUCUUUGAUCGAAAUGAAUGCAGUACGCGUGAUAAUUCCAUGUUCAAGGCUGGAUCUAUUGCUGAACGUCGGGAUGUGAAACCACCUUCCAGCUUGCUGCAGCGUACACUCAAUGGUGAAAAUGGAGCUUCUGAAAGGUUAAUGGGUUUUAAUUCAGGGCUUCCGGAGAGGUUUCAAGCUGAAGAUGAUGAUUCUCCAAGUUCACCUCCAUUCUUUGAUGCUGAAACAGAUAUAGAUUCUUCUGCUGCUGAGUCUUCCGCGGCAUUGAAAAAGGCUUUAGAAGAGGCUCAAGUGAGAAUGAAUAUUGCAAAACAUAUGAUGGAAAGGAAAAAAUCAGGCUUUCGUAGUUCUGCAAAGCUGAAAACUUGUGAUGAGUCCCCUAAGGUUGAAGAAAAAACCGAAGCUGUCGGAAGUUCUCAAGUUGAAGACAAAAGGGACGAAAAAGUUGAAGAAAAAACCGAAGCUGUAGGAAGUUCUCAAGUCGAAGACAAAAGGGAAGAAAAAGUUGAAGGAAAAACAGAAGAAAGCAGAGAAAACAGUUCUCAAGUCCUCGGUGAAGUGGUGAACUCUUCUGAACAAUCAAUUUCAAGCGAGGGAGAUCAACAUGCAAAAAGAGCACGAAAGCAGUGGGAUGUUCCUGAAGGAGUUUUAAAUUCAACCUCAGACCAGAAGCGGCAAGAGGUCGAAGAGCAAGAAGCGGUGAAGCUAGAAGAGGAACAAGCCAGAAGAGGUCGUAAACAAUGGGAGUUACCUGGAGGGAUAUUCAAAUCAGUUAUGAAGAGUAAGCAGCAGGAGCCAGAAAGCCUUGCACCAGCCAAAUCUGAAUCUGGUACGAAACAAGAGGUGCAGCCACUGACUGAAAACCCCUUCUAUACAUUUGGACAGUUGGGUAGUAAAAUAAAAGGUGUUGUAGAGGCCUUCACGGGAAGUAAGGUUUCACAAAAAGAUGAGAAACAUGCAAUAGAGGAGGAGAAAUCUGUCCUCCCUCAAAUGGUUCAAUGUGAAGAAGUUGACUCACAAGAGAUGUUAGCUGGUGUUCCAGUCAUGGAAACUUAUUUAAGGGAAGUGGAGGAGAUCCCGCAACAACAAACUGAGAGUAAAACCGAAACCAAACAAGAAGAGAAGUCUGAAUCCAAAAUCUCUACUUUUGCGGAAGGGUGUUCAGAGGAGAUGGAGAAAGAAACAGGAUGGCAAGUUAAAAGUACUUGUGAAUCCGAAGAUGGACCUGAGUGUGGUGUAAUAGUUUUCCAAGAAAAACCUGACCCAACUUACGAUUUUCUAGAUCAGGAGGGUGAGAAGGAGAUAGUUUCUGGACCGCAGGAGAUGUUAGUUGAUCCUGAUGAUACCAAACCAUACGUAAAGGAAGUGGAAGAAAUUCCAAAACCUAAUGAGAGUUUGAGUAAAACUCAGUUAGAUGAAAGUGUUGGAACUAUGGUGUCUUUUGCGACAGAAAAUACUCCUGAGCAAGAAAACAUACACGAGGAGACAGAGCACAAGGCUCCCAGGCGAAGAAGAGUUUGGAAGACCUCGGAAGACGUCUAUAACAUGAUAAGGGCCCCGAAGGGAAACAAAAGGCAUUGGCAGCUACCAAGUGUGGAAGCAGAAACUACACAAAGGUCCUUUCAAAUGGAAGGUGUAAGGAUCCAUGAUAAUAGUGAGGAAACAGAAGGCACAUCUGAGCAAGCUAGUGAUUCAGGAUUGCAAGAAAAUUGGACCGUUCUUAAACAAAUGUUUAGGCAGAUGUUCCAGACCGCAGAUACUACGAAGGAAGAUGAUGAAACUUAUUGCUUAGUGGAAACUGGAAAGGAGCAUAUGGAUAUCCAUCAAAAUUCUGGAGACGAGAAUGGGAAAGAAACUUCUUACUGCCAAAUUACUGGUACAGAGAGAUAUGAACAGAAUGAAGUGGAGACGGAGUAUAAAGCCUAUGCACAUACCAUAGAAGAUGAAGAAUUGGAGUCGGCACAAAAAACAAACUGCAGAGAAGAUGAAGGUAAAGUAGAAGUGCAUGGAAAAACGUCUUUGGUCCGUGAACUAAAUGGAGAAGAGCCGGAUGCUACCGGAAUGGCUAGUGACCAAGAAGUUGAUUAUGUACCGGAAGUAUUUGAAGAAGCUGGCUGGGCUCAAAGACUUUCUGAACCUGAUGAGAGCAGAGAGCAUCCAGAUUCUCGUGCUGAAAUGCUUGAAUAUGAUCGUAGUGAGACGGAUUCAAACAAAUCUUGCGAGAAAUUUGACCAAACGCAGGAACUAGCAGAGGAAACCAAGAACGAUGGUAGCAUAGAUACUGACACCAGCAGGUCAUCUUUCGAAACUAGACAAGGUGAUUCACAUACUGAGGAGGUUGGCUUCGAGCACGAUCUCAGGAAUCAGUUACAUGAAAAAAACAGCGCUGCCAGUAGCACGGAAGAGCACGUUGAAGAAAUAGAUUCUGAUUCAAUUCAAAGUGGUUGGAGCAUUGCAGAAGAUGAAGAUAAAAUCAAGUCUUAUGUAGAGGAAAGUUUGGCUGGUCAUCUGCAGGAUGGAGAGGCAAGCAAGGUUGAAGACAUGGAGGAAACCAAAGAAGAGUCUGAUGACAUGGAAACAAGUCUUGGUGAAGAGAGUAAUGAAGAUAAGACGGGACAAGAGCACCGGUUUGAGUGUCAAAAGGAGGAAGUAGAUCGAAACAAUGUCGAGCCAGCUGAGUCUUCCUCUUCCUUUCCCAAAGGAGACGAAAAAAUUGGCGCAGCAACAGAUAGAAACAUGAAAGAAAAUGAGGGAGAGGAUAGUAGUCGAUCAUCUUUGGAAGAAGAGGGGGAUGCUACUUCUGAUGCUUCACAAAAAGAAGCAGAGCGAGUUGAGAAACAUCUGAAAAAGAAAGAUGAAGCAAAAGAAAAAGAAAGAGAAAGAUCAAUGGUAGAAAGAGCUAUCCGUGAAGCCCGGGAAAGAGCGUUUGCUGAUGCGAAGGAAAGAGCAGGAAAAGCCGCGAUGGAGAAAGCAAAGGCAAGAGUUCCUCGAAGAGUGACUUCUGAUGGUCCCAGGAGAUCUGAGAAGCCACCGGCACCUAUUGAGGGAAAUGAUAAGUUAUCAUCAGCUGAGAAGGCUUCAAUGCAAGCCAAACUCAGAGCCGAGCGCGCUGCUGUAGAAAGAGUACUCUCUGAGGCCAGAGAACGGGCCCUAGAAAAAGCAUUGUCCGGUAAGUUUGAUACUUCUCAAACAAGAAGUUAUGGUGGAAGCAAGUCAUUUGGCUCUUCUGGUGAUAGACGAGGCUCCUCAUCUUCUCAGGGUACAGAGAACAAAAGUUCGGGUCCUUCUAGCUCUUCAAACCAGACUGCCAAAGGUGAGCCAAUCCAGAGAUGCAAAGCUAGAUCUGAGAGACACCAACGAACAUCUGAGCGUGCGGCAGAGGCUCUUGCUGAGAAGAAACUUCGUGAUCUCAAAGUCCAGAAAGAGGAGGCAGAGAGAAAUAGGCUCGCGGAAGCUCUUGAUGCUGAUGUGAAACGGUGGUCGAAUGGAAAGGAAAACAACUUGCGAGCAUUGCUCUCAACACUCCAAUACAUACUUGGAGCAGAGAGUGGAUGGAAACCAAUUCCUCUCACUGAUCUUGUAUCAAGUGCUUCUGUGAGAAAAGCUUACCGAAAGGCAACUCUUUAUGUUCAUCCCGACAAGCUUCAACAACGUGGCGCAUCCACCCAACAGAAGUACAUUUGCGAAAAAGUUUUUGACCUUCUCAAGGAAGCGUGGAACAAAUUUGGUGCAGAUGAACGAUAAAGUAAGAUGGUGUGAAACUUUCUUUCCCUAUUAUGAGCAGUGACCUUAUAAAUCAGAACUAACCAGCUCAAGAACAAGUACAUGAUCAAGCUAUGAUAUGGGAUGAAGUCAGAACUAGAGAUUUAUUAACCAAUAAUAUAAACAUUUGUAUCCAUAUGAGUCAUAUAUAUAAAAAAAAAAGGCUCAUUCUUAUUCCCAGCUAAAGCAUCCACAAUAUUAUUCAUCAAGGUUUCUCAAAGGUUAAUACUGGUAUACAGUCAAUGGCACAGCUAAACGCGGGAGAGUGCUAAGCUAACAAAGGGGUUUAAAAGGGGGGGGGGUAAAUGAUAUAAAGAGUUUUCGAUUUCUUUCAUUAAACGUUUCAUACACAAACGAUCUUUGACAACUCAAUUUUCAGACAGCUCCCUACAUGUAAUUUCAAAACUUCAAUUUCUCCUAAAAUAACAAAGUGAGCUUUUUCGCUACAGAGGAGUAACACAAGACAACAAAUGACUCUUUCUCUAUCGACGAACAAAUGCAUCAGGCGGCGCUUGCUCAGGAAUCUGCAGGCACAAAAUCACCAAAAUAGUCUUUUAACUAUUAUUGUUUCGGCAGUAAAAUUUUGUAAUUAAACUUAAAAG